CAUAACCAGGGGUGGACUGACAACUCAUGGGGCCCCCGGGCAAUAGGGGAUCAUGGGGCCCCUGUGUCCUUGCCCAAACUCAAAAAAGCCUAUGAAAGAGGUACCAGGGGCAUCUCAUGGGGCCACCUACUGACCCCGGGCCCUCGGACUGUGCCCGAGUUUCCAAAUGGUGAGUCCGCCCCUGGUCAUAACUAAUUACAUGUGCAGCACCAUGGCAGUUGAAGAUCAAGCAGAGGCGAUACCACUAGUGUGUAUGUUAGUUGUUGUCUGUACCCAGAGUACAGCCCAUAAACAAUAGUGCGGAUUUUGCUUUAUUUUAUCUUGCCA